GACCGCAGCACCAGAAUGCCGUCUAAAGAGUCCUACGAGGUUCACAAGGAAGAGAAGUCUCUAGUGCAAAAGGCCAAGCGAGAGGCCAAUCAGGAGGAUAUUCUGGCGGCAGCUCUGGGGAUGAGGAUGGGGCCACAGAAACCGCCAGCCACUUUCUGGCAGCCACUUAAACUAUUCGCCUAUUCACAGCUCACCUCACUUGUACGCAGAGCUUCACUGAAGGAGAGCGACCGAACACCGAAAUCUGAGAAAGUCCACAACUUCAAGGUCCAUACAUUUCGGGGACCUCACUGGUGUGAACACUGUGCCAGCUUCAUGUGGGGACUGAUGGCUCAGGGGGUCAAAUGUGCAGAUUGUGGUUUGAAUGUCCACAAACAAUGCUCACCUCUGGUGCCCAACGACUGCAAGCCAGACCUGAGACACAUCCGUAAAGUCUACAGCUGUGACCUCACGACCCUGGUGAAAGCUUACAAUACAGCGCGACCCAUGGUGGUGGACAUGUGCAUACGAGAAAUCGAGUCCAGAGGACUGAAGUCUGAAGGCCUCUACAGAAUAUCCGGAUUCAGUGAUUCAGUCGAAGAAGUCAAAGUGGCAUUUGACAAAGCUGGCGAGAAGACAGACAUCUCAGUGAACGCCUAUGAAGACAUCAAUAUCAUCACGGGUGCACUGAAACUGUACCUCAGGGAUUUGCCUGUUCCCAUCAUCUCAUACGAUGCUUACCCCAGGUUCAUCGAGGCUGCGAAGCUCACAGACCCUGAAAAGAAGCUUGAAGCUUUCCGUGAGGCUCUAGCUCUGCUGCCGCCAUCACACAGUGAAACUCUUAAGUACCUCAUGGCACACUUAAAAAGGGUGACACAGAACGAGAAAUUCAACCUGAUGAACGCAGAGAACCUCGCCAUUGUUUUUGGGCCCACCCUAAUGCGCGCUCCAAACCUGGACGCCGUGACAGCACUCAAUGACAUCCGCUACCAGAGACAGGUGGUGGAGGCGCUCAUUAAAAAUGAAGAUGUGCUCUUCUAAACACAAAUCAGGACUUUUAUAGAACAGCUCUCUAAUCAUUCGUUUGUGUAAAGACUUGAAUGACUGUUUGUACAUUGAUUGAUACAUUUUUUUUAAAAUGCCCUGUGUAUGGACUAGUGCUGACCAGUCCUCCCAUGUACUGGGUGUGGACGAUGAACCUUACACUUGUACGUACUCUAUGUCUCCCCAUUUUUGUCGGGGGAUUUUCAAAAGUUGACAGACCAGCAUGCAUGGUGUGAGGUCUCUGUUGCUUUGUAGUUGUAACCCAGCAUGUGUUAAAGAUCGUGUAGCGCUGUGACUUUGCUUUCGUCUGUUCUGUAGUAGUUAUAGUCCACAUUCCCAGCUGCCUGCAGCGCAGUUAUUUCUGUGAAACAUUGUAUAGCUGGAUGUAAAGAUAAGCUACUGAUCUUUUGGGGUAAUUUUUAUGAUGCUGUAUUUUUUUAUCUCCUCAACUGUUUUUAUGUAACCUGCAGUUCUUAGUUGAAU